AUGAUCAAAGAUUCGCUGUCAGAGUCGCCGUCAAAUUCCUCUGAUGAGGCCAAGCAUCACGACGAGGGUCAGUUGGCUUCCUCCGAGGAACUCUUAGAGGUCUUCCAUUCGACCUUUUCUCCUCGUCAACAAGAAGAGAUUGUCUAUGCUUUUGGAUAUGGUUCGGGUGUCUUUGCUCAGACAGAUAGUAGCAAGAAUGAUGAAGCAGAGCAAUCCGCCACCGAACAAAAGAUGCUGGAUAUGAUUAUUAUUGUCCAGGACGCCCUGCAAUUCCAUUCCAUCAACAUUGAGGAGAAUCCCCAUCAUUAUGCUCCUCUCUUUCGCACUCCAUCGCGAGCGGCUUGGUGGCAAACGCACCAAGCUCCCUUUCCUUGGCUUUUGUCCAACCCCAAAGUCUUUUUCAACUUUUGCCAAGAUCCCUUGUUACUAAAGUACGGCAUUAUGGAACGGCAACAUUUGUGCUCGGAUUUGCAGUUUUGGGAUUCCUUGUACAUAGCCGGACGAAUGCAAAAACCGACGGCUACCAUACUACAAUCAUCAUCAUCAUCCGACGACGGGCUGAUGAUGCUUCAAGACUAUCAAAACCGCUACAAUCUACCAGCCGCCCUGUCCACUGCAUUGUUACUCUUGGGACGACAAGAUGAUACCGACGCCACGACGGAGAUACCACUCUCCGCUCUGUACAGUCAGAUAUCUUCCUUGAGUUAUACGGGUGACUUUCGCAUGCAAGUGGGAGCCGAGGAUCCCGCCAAAAUUGACAAGUUGGUCCACUCGCCGGGACAACUGCAACGCUUUCACCAAAUGUAUCAUGCCACGGCAUUGCAGCCUCUGGUGGAAAGUGGUGUUGUCUCACUGGAAACAAAUAGUAAUAUUGGCGACACCGCAGCAGCAGCAGCAGCAACAACAAUCACUUGGAAUCCACAGGAUCCUUCCACUAUUGCCGAGUUGCGGCAACGACUCCCUCCUCGUUUGGCACGGCACUUGGAACCAAAGUCUCAAUCGUCAUCAUCUCAUGCAACAACAACAACAACAACCCGUCUGCUACAGAAUGAACUGCAUUCCAUAGUCGCCCCUGCCGCUCGCUAUCAAGCUUUCAAAGGUCUCUGGACGGCAGGUAUUACAAAAAGUGCCAGUUAUGCAUUGGCCAAGUUGUCCAAGGGAUUAUUGCGGAGUUGGCGGUAA